GAGAGUAUGACACUCGCAUAGGCUUUUGGGUUGACUCCAGCAGAACGUUAAGUGGCAAUCAAUUCUGAUAUCAAUAUUGGAAGCUCCAGAAAAUAGGUUGCCAGUGGAGCAUGAACUGAGAUGGGCAACUACGUAUAGUGAAGAAGACUGGAUGUCAGAAACGGAUGCACACAACCAAUUUCCAUUCAUCACUACCUGCCUAGCAACAGCUUUUUGGAGAUUCACGGCAGAGACAUCAGACCAAGCAAGCCUGGUGGACACACACUCGCUCAGAAUGCGCAGUUACGAUGAGCUGACGCAAAUUUGUCCGGGUGCUGGAGUCAUCGAUGUAACGGACCUAUCGAAACUUCGGUAUUGCUACUUAAAAGAUACGGUAAAGCCUAUGCCUGCAAGUGAGCUUCACCUAGAAAUGCAAGAAAUUGAGGGUAUCGUCAAUCUCGACCUGAUAGGCUCUCGCGACUUGAACUCUUUGUGGCCAGGUUCAUGGGCAAAUGAUCUGGCCGAGGACGAUGUUUUGGAUAGACCGAAACUUGCGACGAACACGUCCGUCCCCAAACUCCGUGCCACGGCCCUUGCGGCAACAAUUGACCGAUUAUUGAGCGCGCGGCGAGACGAACUCUCGCUGAUCAUCGAUUCUGUUAAUAUUUUCCCUGGCUUCUGGCCAGCUUUCAAAGACAGGUUGUACGCUUCACCUGACCUCGCAACAAAUUCCAAGAAUGUUGGAGCGCUUCUGAACAUUGCUCUGGCAAAUGACAAAUAAUCGACCUGAGUCCUUUCGAUCUUUCAGAAGCUGAGAUUGCCGAUGCACUGUGUGGUGAAAAGCAUAGAGUCACUAGAGUCAUCACGCUCAGCUUGGCGGGCAAUCAGAACGUUCGAAAGCAGCUGCUAGAACAGAUUCUAGCACAGAAUAUACGCCUCCGUACGUUGUAUCUGCUGAACACGCCACAGAUACCUCUGAAAAUCAAGCUUGACCUCGUCAGACGAAGUAGUGUCACUGAACUGUUUGA